UGUGCGUGCUCGCUGUCUUGUUCCGGGAAUGGGGCGAGUUUACUCGCUAUAAUUUAAGUUAUGAAGACUGCGAGGAGGAAAAUAUACUCUGGCUGAGGUCCGACAGCUGCUCAACUGGUACGAGGCUGACGACGGUCUGGUAGGGAUACAAGAAGAGAAUGAUCUGGUGACUGGAUCCCGUCCUAAACCCUGCCGAAUAAUGAUUAGAGAUAUUGUCAUUGUGCGUCACCCUGUCUCUGUGUGUGUUCCUGUGAACCACAUGGUGACUCUGAGCGUCUGUGCUGAAGGCACAGGUGUCCUCAACUACCAGUGGUUCACCGAAGAAAACGAGGUGUCUGGUGGUACUAAACCUGACCUGACCAUCAGAGCCCAAAAGACUCAGCUCUAUGUGUGCCGAGUGAAUGACCACUUUUGUAACUGCGUGUUCAGCGAAUGGCUGAAAGUGAAGGUGUUGGACAUUGAUAAAUCAGGUUUGCCAGUACACUGGCAGGGUGAACCGCACAUCGCUGUCAACCCUACACCACAGACAGUCCGACAAGGUACAAAAUUCACUCUCCGCUGUGUUGCCUUUGGCAUCCCCACUCCAUACUAUCAGUGGUACAGAAAUGGGCAGCUGCUAGCAGACAUGACUGGUGAUACACUACAGAUUGACUGUGCAACAGCUCAACAUGGGGGAUCAUACCUGUGCUCAGUAUCUAAUGUGCUGGAAGAGCGAUGGACUGAACCAGUGGAUGUUGACAUUGUACAAACUGAUGAGCUACUUCCUGCUCUACCUACAGCUGCUGAUAAAGUUGCUCUGCUUAUUGGCAACCUGAAUUACUCCCACCACCCGACCUUGAUGGCCCCCAUUAUGGAUGUGCAUGAGCUGGCCAACCUGUUACGGCAGCUUGACUUCAGAGUGGUUUCCCUGCUGGAUCUCACCAGGGAGGAGAUGCUGGCCGCUGUUGACAAGUUCAUUCAGCUCCUUGACAGAGGAGUUUAUGGCCUUUUCUACUAUGCGGGUCAUGGGUAUGAGCGUGCUGGCAGGAAUUACUUGGUUGCUGUUGAUGCUCCACACCCGUACCAACCUAAACACUGUGUCUGCGUGCAGAGGGUCAUGCUCAGUAUGCAGCAAAGACAGACUGCACUGAAUAUAAUCCUACUGGAUACCUGUAGGAAAUGGUACAACCUGGCUGGCACACCUUCAGAGAUCAGGCCAUUAGAACCCAGUGGGAAUACCGUUUACGGUUAUGCCACAUGUGAAGAUGCUGAGGCGUUCGAAGUCCAGGAUGGAGGGAAAAGUACUGGAAUCUUCACUAAGUACUUGAACAAGUACAUCCUAGUGAGCGAGAAGGUCACACAUGUGUUGGAGAAGGUGUCUGAGGAUCUAGGCAGAGAUCCUCUUGUCAAGGGCAGGCAGGCAGUGGAGAUCAGACACACCCUGAAGGAACCUCGAUCCCUUGCAGAUCCAGUUCAGACCACCAGGCAUACAAGAGAACUGCACCUGCGAGAGGCCAGCUGGAGACAAGCAAAUGAGCUACCACGGAAGAAGCAGCUGAUGUUUCUUUGCGGAGUAGAAGUGGAAGUCAGCUUCUCCGCCCUGUUCUCUAAUGUCUUGUUGGCCUUUGCCACUGUAAAGACUACAAGCCCCCGAACGCAGGACUGCACUGUCACCCUGAGCAGCAUACCUACAAUGGAAGACAUAAUUUCCGGCCCUGGAAGGUCAGAGAACAUGGACUCUCUACUAUUCAAGAAUUCCAAUAACCCAGACUGUACUCUUAGGCUUUGUUGUCUUCAGAGGCUUAAGGAAUCGCUGGUCAUCAAGGUGGAACUACACUAUACUCACACAGGCAGUAAGCUCCGGCAGACAGAAAGCCAACAGGUGGACAUAGGAAAGCCUCUGGUGGCAUCCUGUAAACUGUACAGGAGGAUGAGUCAUGCAGCAACAGACAAAAAAUAUGAAGGUGCUUCUGCUCAAAGUAUGAGAAACAUUUCAAGCAGCAAACGACUGCUGCACCAGACACUGGCUGGUCCAUGUCGCCCCUUCACCAGAAAGGCAGAGUGUGCUGCAAAAGUUGCAGUGGCAAGGAGCAACGAGCCUGAAGAGAACGAUGAGAAUGACCUGCAAGUCAUGUUCUGACAUUAGACAGUUCUGGCCUUAUUGCUGUAAAUACUAGCUUGAGAUUUGUAUGUUAUAUUUGUGUGAUUUACUUACUUUACUUGCCUGUGGAGGGUGAUAAAUGAAUGAUAUUUGUGUUUAGCUUGUUUUAACCUUCAAUUCUUAGCUCAACACUGAAGAAAUAUUAUCAUUUUUGCUAACCACUGGCUUUAUAUACAUUACAUAAUACUUGUACAAUCUUAAGUGGCAAGCUGGCUGGCCUAAUUUAUUAAACAAUGACCAUUACUGUCUAUAAUUUAUAAUCACUACUGAUUAAACUUUUUACUCUGA